AAUUGACUUUGCACUCCGCUGUUCUCUCGUUCUUCCCGAGCCUCCACCUGUCAUCUGUUGCUUCCCGACCCAAAUCUUGCAAGCUCCGGCAGCUGAGAGCCCCGCGUACCAUGGGCCUCCUAGACCUCCCCACCGAGCUCCUCGACGGCAUCCUCGAUCUCACCUUGCCAUCGGGGAUAGAAUCUUUCGCGCUCACAUGCAAGACUGCUUAUGCCCUCGCUGCCCCGCAAGUUCAGCGACACAAUGCGCUGAAGCGUCAAUGGAGACGGACAACCAACUACAGCACGCCGCGGCACGGCGAUACGCUCCGCAUCUUGUACGAGAUUUCCCGCGAUCCGCUCGUUGCGGAGUACAUCGAAAGCCUCGAUUUAUGGAAUGAAGAGGAGCCCGGGCCGGACGAGGAAGAGGACGCGGGUCGAGAGGGUGGCCUUCUGGACGACUUUCGCACCGACCAGGCCGCGAUGGAGAAGCUCAAGGAAAUGGUCACUGCAUCCGAGUUCCUGGACGGCGAUGGGCAGGAGUGGUGGGAGCAGAUCGUGAAAGAGGAGGAAGCGUAUGACGGAGACAAUCAACACUUAUCUCACGCUACCAUAGCCCUACUCGGCCUUCUACCCAACUUAAAGACGCUUCGAUUAUGGCCUGAUUGGCUGGAAAUAUCUCGCUCAUCGCCGAAGCACGAUAAGUGGCUUCGGACGAUGAAUGAGGGGCUGAAGCGAAUUGUCAACAGGGCUGGCCAAGGGAGCGGGAGGCCGCUGGGGAAGCUGCAAGCCAUCGUGCCGUACAUGUGGGCUGGUUACGAGGAGCGUACUGGGCUGCAGGACGUGCAGGCAUUCAUGACUCUUCCGAGUCUUACAGAGCUGUACCUGGUCAGCUGCAUUGCUGUCGACGACGGCUACUCCGGCAUCCCGUUCGAAUGGGCGGCGCCCGGUCUUAUGUCUCACCUGACGCGCAUCGAACUUGCUUCCUGCUGCAUGGAUGCGGACGGGCUCUCGGCUCUGGUCUCCCACACACCGAAACUGUCCAUCUUCAGGUACUCCCACGAGACAAAAUGGCACGGCUGCGAGCAUGACUGGAAUCCCGGCUCUUUCAUCGAAGCCCUAGCCAGGAACUGCGGUAAUACCAUCACCGAGCUCGCAAUCACUAUCGACACACUGUACGGCGAAAUCAUCAAUGGCGCCUCCUCGUUCCUCUUCUUUCCCAAACUCGAAAUCCUGGAGGUCGACGUGCGAAUCUUCUGCGGCCCCCCGGUGGAAAGCGGACAGCAGCUUGGCGAAAACGCUGUCAUGCCCGAAGGAGCCCGCCCCUGGACCAAGGAAGACAUCCCGUGCAUAGGAAGCAUGAUGCCCAAAAGCAUCGUCCAGUUGUCCAUCAACACAGAAUUUCCGGAGCCGGACGAGAUGGCGCUGAAAUCGCUGCUGAAGAACCUGAAGGAACAGCGCGCCGAGCGACUGCACAAGCUGGAAACAGUCAUCCUGAGGCAAUACAGCAACGACAGUGCGCACGAAUUUGCCAUAAACGCGGGCGCUACCUUGGAAGCUUUCGAUCACGGAGUCGAGAAUGUGAGGCCGCGGCAUACGAUGCCGUUGUGGAAACGUGAGUUUGCCGAACGGACUGCAUGGCUCAGAUCCUAAAGCUUCGUCAGGACCAACGGGGCAGCCCCCGCACUCAUGAAAAGCAGCGCUUUCGAAGUCCGAGGUCUCCAGCAGCUCUAUACGAGUCCUCUUAUUCGACGUCGCCGUGCACUGUAGCCUUGGGUUAUUUCAGAGGGUAUUCUUC